AUGGCAGACGAAGAAGAAGGAGAAAUUAUAGAGACUGAUCUAAAGUCUCCAGAUGUCUCUUCCGUAGCAAGCAAACUUGUAGUAUUGGAUGUAAUAGACCUGGAUAAUGUCGACUCGACAUCAACUGGACUCAAGGACAACACUGCUAGUGAUAUCACCGACGAUCCUGCUCGAACUGCCUCUCCACGUCCCAAUUCUGACCGGGAUAUACCCGACGAUAAACACGGCAGGCCAUCUUCCUCGACAUCAAAACGACACCAUCAUUCAUCUGAUCAUCGACGACGAGACAAAGACGAUCCAACAACUGAUCACAAGUCUAGUAGUAGAUCGAGUCGCCGUGAUAGUCGAGAUCGCCAUGAUAAUAGAGACUCGCGCAGAAGAAGGAGAGAUGAUCUUGAUGAUAGAGAAAGGUCUCCUUCUGCACGCCACGAUUAUAGAGACCGUCGUAGCUCUCCUGGACGACGAUAUACACCAGCUCCGCAUGAAUCUUCAAGCCGUGAUGGAGGCUCCUCUUCUCGCACAACAACUGGACGUGAUUACGGUAGUAGCAAAGUCUCAUAUAAUGAUCAUCGCGGAUAUUCUACAGAUGCUGAUAGAGGUCCCAGUACUUAUAGCUCUUCAUCAAGGCAUACCCCGCCUCGUGACAAUCGUGAUUACGGACGUGACGCUGGUAGAGGUGAAUCACGAUCUCGUAAUCAUCUAGAACAUCGUAAUCACUCACCUCCUACCUCAUCAUCAUACAACAAAUCAUCUACUUCUCACGACCAUCCUCGAGACAGAUACUCGGAGGCUGCUGUGAGCUCUGGCAAGAGGCCUCUCUCACCAGAUUAUGACAAGGGUACAAUAGGUCCUGCUACCAAAGUCCGUAAACUUAUGGAUGGUAAAGUAGGAUCUGCUCCUGAAUCUGGCAGUGAAGAGAAGUCAAAAGAAGAAGAAAUCAUACGACCACAAGUUAUGGAUGCUGUGGAUGAAGAUCGUCUCAUUGAAGAAAGGAGACAGAGACGAAAAGCGCUCCUUGAACAAUACAGCAAGGAACGAGCUGCAACUUCUGAAGUUGCUGGUGCUGCUGCUUCUGGCGAGGCUCUAGAAGUCAAGUCCGGUGCAGGGGCUGUCGAUAUUCGUGUAGCAAAUAUUAAAGCUGCUGACAUGUCACGUAUUCCCAGCUCUGAUGGUAGCAUAGAUAUCCCAACGCCACGAGAUGAAGAAGAAUCCGCUCAGCCUGAUAUUGAUGUCUUUUCACUUGAAAAGCACAACGAAGGCACGAAUGCUCAACAAGGCGAUGCUGCUGCAGGCGACGAUAUAGAUGCAGCUGAUUAUAAUCCGGAUGAAGAUAAGAAGGAUGAUGAGUACAAGUUACACCACAUGCAACAUCCAACUGCUAGUACAACAACCACAGCCGCUCCUACAACGACAUCAAACAAACGAAAGCAAGAUGACAUGUUUGCUGAUAGUGCCAUGAUUGAUCAAUCUCCUUCAUCUAAAAGGAAGGCUGUGGUCAUUGAUGACGAAGAUGACAUGUUUGCUCCUAUUGACGAUAUGUUUGCUCCACCCGCAUCGUCAGCCAACGCUGAUGGCAUGUCAGAUACGAUCAAGGGGGCUGCUCAUAUACUGGAAUCAGCUCCUGUCGUAAGAAUAUCUGACAAUCCGUCUUUGUUGGAUAACUGGGAUGAUCCUGAGGGAUACUAUCGUGUCAUACUGGGUGAAGUACUCGAAGAUCGAUAUCACGUCUACGCCAAUCUAGGUCGUGGAGUCUUCUCGUCCGUAGUCAAGGCCAAAGAUACCAAAGAUGGAGAUCAAGAUGUAGCCAUCAAAAUCAUUCGAAAUAACGAGACCAUGUAUCGAGCUGGUAUAAAAGAGGCUGGAAUAUUGAGGAAGCUGAAUGAGACUGAUCCAGAUGAUAAGAAGCAUGUAGUUCGACUCUUGAGACAGUUUGAACAUCGUAAGCAUUUAUGUCUGGUAUUUGAAUCACUCAGCAUGAACCUACGUGAAGUCUUGAAAAAGUUUGGCAAGAAUCGAGGCCUCAACAUUCGAGCUGUGAAAAUAUACUCUCAACAGCUCUUCCAGGCUUUGCAUUUGCUCAAGAAGUGUACUAUAAUGCACGCGGAUAUAAAACCAGACAAUGUGUUGGUUAGUGCCAACAAGUCUUCUCUCAAGUUGUGUGACUUGGGAUCAGCUUCAGAUUCAUCAGAGAAUGAAAUCACACCCUACUUGGUGUCGAGGUUUUAUAGAGCACCUGAAAUUAGCAAGUAUCUCCAUCCCAACGCCAAAAAAGGAUUGAAUCGGUUUGCAUGUACACUAUAUGAGCUAUAUACAGGCAAGAUACUAUUUCCAGGACGAACCAACAACCAAAUGCUCAAACUGAUUAUGGAAGUACGAGGUCGAUUUGCCAAACAAAUGCUGCGUCGUGGUCAAUUCUCAUCAUUGCAUUUCGAUGAUGAUGCCAACUUUUUGCAAUUGGACGUUGAUAAGCUUAGUGGCAAGGAUGUGAAAAAGACAGUCCAAAUACCAGCACAACCACCACGAGACUUGAAGGGCUUUUUCAGUGCUGAUGCAGCAUCUGUACCACGUGACGAAGCAGCAUUGGUGACACAGUUUGCGGAUUUGCUUGAUAAAUGUUUGCAACUCAAUCCUGAAAAGAGGAUAUCUCCCAAGGAGGCGCUGUUGCAUCCUUUUAUAUCUGAUAGGCAUAUUAUAACAACGGCAUAUGAUAGCACUAAUAUAAAGAAUUCGAACAUCGAUACUCCACCUCGUCUAUAUCUACCCGUACCGGUUCUCGAUUGCAUCAUCGAGCAUACCGAUGCCCAAAACAUCGUAUAUUCAGCAGCUUUGGUAUCCAAAGAAUGGAAUAUGACCGCAAUCAGAAAAGUGUAUAAAACCGUCGACAUUUAUUGUAAUGGCUUUAUGGGGUCACUGAGCUGGAUACUUCAAGUCCCGUCGCCUUCCAACCCAAUAUACAGCCGGUUCCCUUUGAAUUAUACGAAAAAUCUCAUUGCACAUACAUGGCCAGAAAACUCGGUCCGGGAAGCUCGUUAUAUUGUAGGAAAGAGCAUCAUAUCAUGUUCUGUGAACCUAAUGUCACUCGAUAUAAGAGCAGACCAGCUCUCCGUAUUGGAUUAUGUAUCUACGUCUUUAGUAGCUUUAACUUUACGUACAGCUUAUGACGAAGAUAAGAAAACUUCACGCUCGGUCUCGGCCCCAGAUUGGUCUAGAUUUGCUGCCAAUCGUCCCAACUUACGUGCACUCGAUUUACGAUGCCCUCCUCCCCUCUGCUUUUCAAGCAGAGAACGUGAUAUGGACUCUGAUGGAUGGAUGUCUCUGGCCAAAGGAAGCAGAGAAUCACUACGUCACUUGCAUCUACAGCAGUUGCACACUGCCAUAUCAUGCGCCGUCCACGGAACAUGCACCGAACACGAUACUGUAGAAUUCUUCUUUAGCGCCCUACCUACUGGCUCUCUCAAUCUUUAG